UCAAGCGGUGCAGUAGUCGAUAUCGCGGAACGAUCACGCACAGAACGCACCGACGGUUAGCGCGAGUAUCGAAAAUCGCACAAGCGGUGAUUGAAAGUGUUUAAAAACGAGAAGUUAACGUGGUGGAUUAAGAAGUAAACUUUUAUUUGGAGUGUGGUGGUGGAACAUGAAAUAUUUGUUGAUGUGGUAGAAAUAGUAAAAGCAUUUCAAAUAUUUCCACAACAACGAGCAAAGUGAAAAUUCGCAGAAAUUCAAAAUCAAAAUAAACUUUUCGCGAAAUACAAUAAUAUUAUAAAAAACAUAGUGAGUGAGAAAAGAAUUCACAAAAAAUAAUAAAAAAGGAACAACAACAAACAAAAAGUGAAUAAACUCCGUAAAGAUGCCGUUGGCUUUCAGCGCUUAGCGGCACUUUUUCCCCUUGCUCAUUCAAGUGGGCGAACAAACUGCCAAAAUGCCAUUGAAAUAUUAAUAACUUAUUUAACACAACACAAAUAUUUUGUUCUGCAAGUGCGUGUUUGUGUGUGUGAAUGCCACUUGCGAAUAAUCGCGUACAAAGCGACGGCCUCCAAACGGCAGACGCAAGUUACCCCACAACAGGUGGCACAUUUUCCGCGAGCGCCAAAGCGAAAUAAAUAAAUAACACACAGAAAUUUUAUGACAAAUUGACAAUUAAACAAAAGAGAAAGCAACAAUUAAUACGCUGUGUAACAUAUCAAGGUGAAAACUUACGCGACUGUUAGUUUGGCAAGCGCACGUGGCCACGCGUCGCUCAAAACCUUUGCACAAAAAGCUAAUUGCGCCGAACUGGCGGUCCUCAACGAGCCGGAAAUGAUGAAGCACGACGCCGCUGCGAAACCUUUAGCCAUUGGUGGACCGAGCGCAAUGGCGCCAGCUACUGGCACGUCCUCAUUAAAGCGCGGCUUGUGGCGCAACCGCAGCGUGACCGAAACGCCCGUGUGCGCGCGUAGCCCCAUCACGAAAGCAUUUGAUUUUCUGCCUUGGGGACGCGGCAAAAAGGCGGGCGAUAAAACACAAACACAACAACAACAGCAACAACAACCACUAAAACAGCAACAAAAAAUCAACGCGACGUCAACGAACGCCAAGUCAACAAACAGCAGCGCUGGCGGCAACACAAACACCGGCAACAGCACAAGCAACAACACAAAUGCGGUAGGCGCCGAUAAAGAUGCGGGCGUACACUAUCACCGAAAUAUCUUUCGUAGCGGCGGCGGGCUCAUACGCGACAUACUCGGUGGCGAUAAGUUGAACAAAGAGAAAGGCGCGCAGGAGCUGACGCUGAAAAAAUCCAAUCAACGCCUCAAACCCAAGCAAGUGGUCGCGCGCAAUAAGAGUCUGGAUAUACACGAACUCAUCAACACCGUUGAGAAUGAGCUGAGCGCGGGGCAGCAGAAGAAUGGGCGCAAACAUUUUAUGGACGACACAUUUAUUGAGAAUAUAAUGCGCGCCAAGGAAGCCUACCGACAGGCGAACGACGAGCUGUGCGACGACGAACAGGCCGGCGAUUACCGUUAUGUGGAUGAGACGGACGAAAGUGAGAGCAACGGACGGCGACAAGCGCAUAAAGAGCAGCGCGCGAGCGAUGAGCAGCUACAUUGCAUGCCUUCGAGCAGCGGUGGCAAUACGACUGCUGCGGCGCAUGCACCCGCGCGUCACAUACUCUUCAAUGACGAGGACAUUGUGUAUCUGAUAAAGAAAGAGCUGCCGGUCAUGAGUAAGACAAAGCGCAAAGUAUCAAGUCAUCAAGCGGAGAAGGAACAUCAGCAGCAACAGCAACAGCUGCAGCAGUAUCAACAAUAUCAGCAGCAAUCCUAUCCACAACAGCAAGCGCGUGAGCGCGAACGUGAAAGAGACCGUGAACGCGGACGUGACCGUAGCGAACGCAGUGAAAGUGUGUUGAGGGCGCGCCUGAAGUUCAAGAAAUUGACACCGGACGGCACACCGUUACCGCAUCGCCGAUCUACAUCCGCACAAAUGCUCAAUCAUAAUCAGUAUCACAAUCAGAGCGAAUACAAUGGCGUCGAGUAUGAACAACCGCACGCGCGCAAUUAUCAGCAAUCGCGGUCGGUCAAUGACAGCUACGCGGCGGCUGGCGAUAAUAGUAAACGCGGCAUAUUGCAGCGGCAAAACACUUCACCGGCGCUAAUGAGUCUGGCCGGCGAAAGCGUAAGUGGUAACGGCAACGGAAAUGGUGGUGGCGCCGCUUAUGAUGAGGAUGCGUCACACCAUCUGAGUCCGGAAAAUCGUCGGCGCCAUCAUCAACUUUACCAGCGUGGCGAGCAGCGCGUGCAAUUACAGCGCCGCAAAUCCUUUACCGGCUAUGACAAUGCGCAGUUAGGCAACUGCAGCAGUAGUAGCAGCAUGGCGAGUGGUGGUGGUGGCGGUAGUGGCGCGGGUAGCACUAACGCGCCUAGCGGUGAACAGCCGCGCGGCGAGAAACCGCGUAAGAAGCUCUCCUUCCGCGAACCGGUGGCGGAUAAACCGCGUGUGCGACGACGCAGCUCGCCCCUGCAGCGCCCGGAAAGCGCUGGUGCUGAAGUUGCAGAGGCAUCUCCGGUGGCAAAGAGUCAAGCAAUCGGCUCACCAUAGACGAUGGUGUUUUUACUAAUACGAACGCGCAUAAAGUGAGCUGUGAUAAUUUGAGCGCCAGCAGCAGCAGCGCUGCCUUA